UCGCACUGAGCCGCAUGUUCAUUAAAAACGAGGAAUCUCCUGUUAUUAAAAAUGUAGUUAGUAAAAUUUUUUUUUAAAAGGUGCUGUUUGUCUCUCAAACACGCAGUAGCAUUUUCAUUCACUUUCCAGCGACGGCGUUGACAGCCACUUCCUGCUCAGCAUUACCUGCGCCCGGCAGAGGGCGUGGACCACAGGUAGGUUACCUGCCCAAACUUGACCGUUGGAGGAGCAGGAGCGGGCCCUGCCGUUGUUCCCUUGAGCCGAAACACUGCUGAGCUGAUACGGAGCUGUGCAGGUUGCAGUAAAGCAGUGCAGGGGGAAGGGAGUGCCUGCCGGGCGAUGGGACAUUUAUUUCACGACGCUUGUUUUACCUGCAGCGUUUGCAGUAAAAAGCUCAGCGGCAAGCCAUUUUAUACAGUGUCAGGAAAAAUCUAUUGUGAGGAAGAUUUUUUGUACUCAGGAGUUCAUCCAUCUUCAGAAGUGUGCAACAGCUGCGGACAUUUAAUCAUGGACUUGGUCUUGCAGGCUCGGGGGAAGUCCUACCACCCGUCCUGCUUUUGCUGUGUUGUCUGCAGACAGAGCCUGGAGGGUCAGCCCUUCUCUGUAGACACAGAUAACAGGGUUUACUGUGUCAGAGACUACCACAAGGUCCAAGCGCCCCGCUGUGCUGCCUGCAGAGUGCCGAUACUGCCAACUGAGGGGUCUACAGAGUCUAUUCGAGUGGUAUCAUUUAACAGAAAUUACCAUGUAGAGUGCUAUAGUGGUGAGGUGAACCUCAUUUGAGGACAGGAGCAGGCUGAUAUACAUCUCUAUGUGUUUUUCUGCAGGUCUUUGUUUUGUGAAUGUAAAACAUUAAAGAGAAGUAGAUGAAUCUGUGGC